AUGGAUUAUCAUGCCAUCCAUGGCCAUGACAUAGCCAGUUUUGACACAUCGAGCUCAACGCAUCGUCUGCCAACGGUGCCGGCAUCACAGGCCUGGGAAGACUUGAAGGCUGGCCCGGCCACUCACAUCUCAACAGGAUUGGAAGCCCUUGAUCGUGCAUUGCUGGGGAUUGACUCGGCUGAUUCACAAGAUGCUGCGUUGCAGGGUGGUGUCAAGCGCGGGCAGGUAACUGAAAUAUGGGGGCCUCCAGGUUGUGGUAAAACUGCAUUAGGAAUUCAACUGGCCGCCAAUGCCCUCAGUGGUGGUAACGGUGUGGUCUGGGUAGACUGCUUUCAAAAACUACAAACUCAAAGGAUAGCAAAUGUGCUGAAAUGCGUCAAAGAAUCACGACAUCUGGCGGAAACAGGGGAUACGCAAGAAAUAGACCCAAGCAGGCUGGUUCAGUACUCUUGCAUGACACUGCCGCAUCUGCUUGCGUUUAUAUCUCGACCAACAACAACUACCAUUGCUUCAGGUGUUUCGCUUAUUAUUCUUAGCUCUCCAUCGGCCUUGAUCAAUUCAUCUUUGCCGAGGUCAUUGGAACGGAAAGGAAACCCAAAACAAGCAAAAGGCCCUACUCAAGCCUCGAAACGCCUACAAGGGUUACAGUUUAUCAUCAACACGUUGCAAAAGCUCGCCGCAACUAAGAACUGCGCCGUCGUCUUACUAUCGCAAUGCGCAACAAAGAUGAGAAGCGAGCAGAAACCCACACUAAUCCCGUCCAUCAACACCACGGUGUGGGAGCAAGGCGUGUCUACCAGGCUAGUUCUAUUUCGGGACUGGGCGUGGAACGGCAACAAGUCUUCCAGCGUCUUUUUGGCAGGCCUGCAGAAGAUUGACGGUAGGGUAGUCCAGGACGCCGUCGAGCAUGUAUCUGCAUUCAAAGUUGAGCCCGCCGGCAUAUCAAGUGUCCACUACGAAAUCAGUGAUCCGGGCAUGGAGGUGGCGGCAAUGGCACCCCGUCCAAAGAGGAAACUGGGGCAGACGGAGCUGGAGGUGCCGGAUAGCGACGAUGAUGAAGACUACGGCUGGGCAGAGGAGGACGAAGAUGCACUGCCGCCGCCGCCGUCUCAAUGGCAAGGCAGUGAGGACCUGAUUCUGGGCAAAGAGGCCGGCCUAAGCGAUGAGGAGCCGGACGAAGGGCUCCAGGACUACUAUUAUGAGGACGACGAGGCCGGGGAUGGCGACCGAAGUAACAACGAGACGGACUGA